ACUUCACCUGCAUUUCCACCGGCCAAAAAAUCUGCGUUCCUCUCUUCCUCAAAUAUGAGCGACGAGGAGCAUCAGGGUCCCCCACAGGGCAUGCCUCCCCAGGGCCAGCAGCCAUCACCAGAGCAGAUCCAAGCCAUGCAGCGCCAAAUCGCCGCCGAGGCAGAGAAGCAUGGCAUGUCAGUACCCGAAUAUAUCCAAAGACUCAAGCAACAAGCAAUGGCGCAACACCAGGCGCAACAACAGCAGCAACAGCAGCAGCAACAACAAGCCCAGCAACAACCCAUCCAACCCGGUCCCCCUAAGCCUGAGGCGAUCGCUGUUGCAAACUGGCUGAGGAGCCAGGAGCUCAAGCCCAGAACUGUUAUUCACGACGAGAAGAGGAAGGAAAUGUUCCGAGUCAAACGGGCCAUCCGCGCUCUCCUGUCCCCCGCCUACCAGAAAGCCCGUGCGAAGAAUCCUCUCCUUCCAGAAGUCCAUGACCGCGCAUCAGCCGAAAACACAUUCAAGCUUCUCCCACUAUCCCUACUCGCACUGCGCGUGGCCAAGGUCGACCCGGAAUCGGCCCAUGAAGGCCACAAUCAUGCCAAACCCAAGCGCGUCAAGGGUCAGUGGACUGUGGUCAUUCAGCAACAUCAAGAGGCCAACGAUGACUGUUACUACAUAUGGCUGUUUGAGGGCUCUCAAUGGAAGCAGAAACUGUACGCGGUCGGUGCACUGAUCGGUAUUCUGGCUGUUGUUCUGUUCCCGCUUUGGCCAUUGUUCAUGCGCCAGGGUGUAUGGUAUCUGAGUAUGGCCAUGCUGGGUUUCAUCGGGUUGUUCUUCGCAAUGGCUAUUGUUCGCCUCAUUCUCUUUAUCAUCACCAUGUUCGCGGCGCCACCAGGUUUAUGGCUGUACCCCAAUCUAUUUGAGGAUGUGGGCUUCUUUGACUCCUUCCGACCCGUAUGGGCGUGGCAAGAGACGCUCGAGGACAUCAAGAACCGCAAACGUGCCAGGAAGGAAAAGAAGGCGGCGAAAGCCGCCGCAAGAGCCGAGGCUGCCGUCAAUGGAGGAAAGUCGAACAAGAAGAAAGGAGGUGCUACCACACCCGCGGCCGAGGCCGAGGCAGAAGCACAACCCAAGACGCACGAAGGACAGCAACAGGCUGUCGACGAGGCGCCGCAACCAACAGGUGCAGAAACCACUCCCGCAUCGCAGGGCGAUGUAACGCAUCGACCGCAGCGGGCUACGGUGGAGGAAGCAGAGUCGGACGAGGAGUAGGAUGCCGCGGUCUCUGGUCAUCAUCUCAGCCUACCCAGCAUCUAAAAACUGGACGCUGUUAUGCUUCUCUACUUGUUCUUCUCCACCAUCUUCAUCUUGUCGCAUUACUCUUCUAUUGUACUACCUGAAAUCAAACUCUUGUCCCCCCUCCGUCCCUUGCCGAUUCUGUGAUACGGAUAUCCCCACUGUUAUUCAUCUAGGACUUCUAUGCCCUAUCUU